AUUUCAUUCAUAUUCACAUUGCAGUCAACUUAACUAGAAUCCAAACCCAUUGUCAUGAGGAAGUACUGUUCCCUCUGAUUAUCUCCUUUGCAAUGGCUGACAUCAUCCCAAAAUGGCCAUAGCAAAUGAUCACAUGAACGGUGGAUAUGCAAGCUUGCUUAUUGUUAUAGUCAUGUCCAAAAAAAAACUCAGAUUGUGAGUUCAUGACAGAACACAUAUAAAUACUGUCCUAGUGCCUGUAUAGGUCCCCAUAAGUGUGGUGAAAGAAAGUCUUCUUCUUCUUCCUACACAACACUUCCUAUACUGAGGAAAAACAAAACAUAAGAAAGAAAAAAUGGUUCUGCAACAGGAAUUCCGAAAGGGUCCCUGGACAGAACAAGAGGACUUCAAACUAGUCUACUAUGUAGGCUUGUUUGGAGACCGUAGAUGGGACUUUAUAGCUAAGGUUUCAGGUUUGAGUAGAACUGGUAAGAGUUGCAGGUUACGUUGGGUUAAUUACCUUCACCCUGAUCUCAAACGCGGCAAGAUGACACCCCAAGAAGAGCGUCUAGUCACGGAGCUUCACUCCAAAUGGGGAAAUAGAUGGUCUAGAAUUGCUCGCAAAUUACCGGGGCGCACUGAUAAUGAGAUCAAGAACUAUUGGAGGACUCACAUGAGGAAAAAGAAGGCUCAGGAGAAGGAGAAGAAGCGUGCAGCAGAAGCUGCAUCAUCAUCAUCACCUGCUGAUUCUUCAAGCUGUGAAUCCUCACUGACCUCAAAUAAUCAUGGUGUGGAUUCACAUGCUUCCAAAGAGGCUGGAGAAGAAGACAGCUUUUAUGACACAGGUGGAGCUCAUAACAUGAAUAAUGUUCAUGUAAUUGGAGAAGAUCACCAAGAUGGUGGUGAUGAUCAGGGGUACUCUAUGGAUGAUAUAUGGAAAGAUAUUGCUAUGUCAGAAGAUGAGAAUUUUAAUCUGCAACCAGUCUUCGAUGGGUAUAGUGAAGAAGGUUGCAAUUUCUCUUAUCCUCCAUUGUUUUCUCCAUCAUGGGAUUAUUCUUCAGACCCCCUUUGGGUGAUGGAUGACGAAGAAAGAAAGAUGUUGUUUCCUCUGAGUCAUGAUCACCAAUCUUUAUCCUUCUAUGGUGACCAAGGAAGAACAUUUCUAACAGGCUAAUCAGGAGGAUUCUUUUUGAAAUCAAGACCAAUACUUUGUUCAUAUGUGUGGAAUCUGGUAUAAGAAAGCCUAACCUGAAUGGAUCAUGUUUCAUUCAUACCCAUUUUUUUACACUAACCCUGUAUGUAUGCACUUCCCUUUUUCAUGGUAGAAAAAGGAAGGAGAUCUAAGGAUUAAGUUUUCUAUUCCUUAUUUUACUGUAAAAAGAGAUGUGUAUAUAUAUAGGGAUGGUGUUAAAAAUUGAAGUAUGAGAAAAUCAUAGAUCAAUAUGUAUAGCAUAGCAUCUUUAAGCUUUAAGCAUGGUUCUUCAUAGUGUGACACAGCUGUAACAUAUCUCAAGCACAGCAUAUAACUGUUGUCUAUAUCAAUGUUUGUGCUUAUCAUCCAUAGGCUGGUGGUAUGUUCUGAGUGUAAAAUAUCAAGCACUUGUUUAAAUUUAACUUUCAAUAUGAUUUGGAUACCUCUCAA